GUUUUCUUUUUCUUACUACAUAUUUAGAUUAGUACCUUAUUAUUAUUGUUCUCGAAGUGUUUUUAUUUUCCUAACUAACAAACCAAAAUUCUUGCUUGGUUGUUUUGCUUGAUGCUUGCAUGAACUUUAAUUGAACAACCUCCAUGGUCGCAACUCAACCAGUCGAAAAGCCAAGAAGAUGAAGACUUUAUCACAAAACGAAAAUGGCAAGCUUUUAACCAAACAAGAACUCCUAAUUCUCGUAUCCAACGCCGCUGCCGCAGCUCAUUCUUUCCUCUCUCACAACGACAUCCUCCUCCUUCCUUCUCAAACUCUAGCCCUAGAAUCGCUUAUCUCCUCUUCCCUUCUCUCUCUCCGUCGCCCGAGUCUCGAACCCCUAACGCUGCACUCUGCUCCUCAUAAUUUGCCGGAGCCAAACCAAUGCUGGUUCCGCCGAUUUCUCUCCUCUGCAGGUACCCGUGAACACAGCGUUCUCUGGUCUCAUGCCUUCCGCAUGUCCGAGCCCUCUUUCACCCUCCUCCUCGGGCUUCUCACCCCUGAUCUCAACGCCGCCGCGGUCCAUUCCUCAGUUCCACCCAACUUCGUCCUCGCCGCUGCGCUUUACCGCCUGGCACACGGAGCCGGUUACAAGGCCUUGGCGAGACGUUUCGGGCUCGGCUCCUCGGAGAAGGCUUGUCUCGCGUUCUUUACCGUCUGCAAGGCUAUCAACGAGAAAUUGGGACAUUUUUUCGAGCUUCAAUCCGAUGUUAGUAGGGUUUUGGGUGAAUUUGGGUGGCUUUCGCUGCCAAAUUGCUGUGGAGUUUUGGGUAUCGGAAAGUUCAGAGUAGAUAGCGGGAAGGUCUUGGGGGAGAAUGGGUCGCUCUAUGUUCAGGCAUUGGUCGAUUCCGCCGGUAGGUUCUUGGACGUCUCUGCUGGUUGGCCGAGCACGUUGAAACCUGAAGUGAUUUUGCACCAAACGAAGCUCUAUAUUGGCGUUGAAGAAUCGAGAGACUUGUUGAACGGGCCUUGUUUGGAGCUCAGCAAUGGCGAUUCGGUUCCUCAGUACGUAUUGGGUGACUCUUGCUUUCCCCUGCUCCCAUGGCUGUUGACCCCUUACACAAAAUCAAAUAAGGAAGGCGAAGAUGGUUUAACUUCAAUGGAGAAAAAUUUCAACUCAGCGCACCAAAGGACAAUGCGAUUGGUCAGACUAGCUUUCGGGAAAGUUCGGAACCAGUGGCAGCUUCUUUCCAAGCAGUGGAAAGAAGAGUGCCUUGAGUUUCUACCUUUUGUGAUCGUUACAUGUUGUUUGCUUCACAAUUUUCUAAUCAAGACUCGUGAGCUUACUGUUGAAGACGAAGAAAAUGAUUUUGAUAACUCAAGGGAAGAAGAAGAAGAAGAAGAAGAAAAUGAGGAGAAGCUUCCUGCUUUUAAUGGAGAAAUGAACGAAAGUGGACAGAAAAUCAGAGAGGCAGUUGCCAUGAACUUGAGCCGGGUAUGCUUGAAAAGAUGAAUGUUUUUUUUGAUGCAGACUAUCAUGGUUGCUUGUUAAAAAUUUUGGUUGGAAUCUUAGGAAGAUAUGUGCAUACUGCAUGUAUUAAAUAAUGUAUUAAUAAGUAGAAUUUAAGUCGAUGUAUGUAAAUAGAGAACUAUCUUUUGGCUAACUAUGAUUUUCUAUUUAAUUCAAUGGAUGGAUCACACUUUGACCUCAAA